AUGAAGAGGUGGUUAGAGGUAUCUCUGGUACCUAGUCUUGUAGUAGUCGCUGUAUUGGCUUGCGUUCUAUGUGACCCAUCAUCGUUACAGUCUGAUGUUCCUGUAUCUAGACCGAAUGAGGGACUUUCAACAGCCUCGGAUACCUUAGAUAAAGAAGGGGAAGCUAUCAGCUUGGAUGGUCUAAGUGUCGAACAGUUGAAGCAAGCCAGAGAACAAGCUGUAAAACGACAUUUUGAGGCUGAAGUUGAUCGCAUGAUGAAAAUCAUAGUUAAUUCCCUAUAUAAAAAUAAGGAGAUAUUCCUCAGAGAACUUAUAUCAAAUGCAUCUGAUGCUCUAGAUAAAAUACGUGUUCUCGCGUUAACUAACAGUGAAGUACUAGAGGAAUCAGAUGAGAUGAACAUACGAAUCAAGGCUAACAAAGAAACGCGAACACUCCAUAUAAUUGACACAGGUAUAGGUAUGACAGAAGCUGAACUUACUUCCAAUUUGGGGACCAUUGCCAAGUCUGGAACGUCUGAAUUCUUGGCAAAUAUCACUCAGGCUACUUCAUCGUCAGAAAAGUCAGACCUUAUCGGACAGUUCGGUGUUGGAUUCUAUUCGUCGUUUCUAGUUGCCAAUAAAGUUAUGGUUGUGUCAAAAAGCGAUGCCGAUAACCAGCACAUUUGGGAGUCGAAUUCUACUUCAUUUAGUGUGUACAGAGACCCACGUGGCAAUACGUUGAAACGUGGGACUGAAAUAAUUCUCUACUUAACCGAUGAAGCAGAAGAUUAUUUACAACCCGAAACUCUUAAAGAAGUUGUUAAGAAAUACAGUCAGUUCAUCAACUUCCCCAUUUACGUUUGGUCAAGUCGGACCGAGUCGCAAAGUAUUGAACCUGAAGAAAAGGAUGAUACAAAGACUAGUGAUUCUGAGGCUAGUGUGGAGGAAGAGAGUGUAAAGAAAACUGAAGGUAAGACUGUAGACAAGGUAGUCUGGGACUGGGUGCGUGUGAAUGCUAACAAACCCAUUUGGAGGCGUAAACCAUCCGAUGUGACUGACAAGGAGUACAAUGAACUCUUCCAUGUAUAUUCCAAAGAUUAUGAUGACCCCCUUGCCAGAAUUCAUUUCACCGGUGAGGGAGAUGUAAUGUUCAAUUCCAUCCUAUACAUCCCAAAGCGUUCUCCCUCCAAUAUAUUUCAAAUGCAUAGUUCUCACAGUGAUAGAAUAAAACUUUAUGUUCGUAGGGUAUACAUCUCUGAUGUGGCUGAUGAUUUACUUCCAAAAUAUUUGGCUUUUGUUGUGGGUAUCGUUGACAGUGAUGAACUUCCUUUAAAUGUUUCUCGUGAGAUGCUGCAGCAAAAUAAGUUAUUGAAAGCAAUCAAAAAAAGACUAGUAAAGAAAGUCAUUGAAAUGAUCAGCAAACUUACUGAAUCAGACUUCGAAAAAUUUUGGAGCGAAUAUUCAGUCAAUAUAAAACUUGGAAUAAUUGAUGAUCAUUCAAAUCGUUCCAAGCUAUCCAAAAUCCUUCGAUUCUGGACAUCAAAUAGCAGUGAAAAGCAGUCAAGUCUUGCUGAUUAUGUGUCUAGAAUGAAAAAAGGACAAGAUGAGAUCUACUACAUUACUGCGGCCUCGUUAAAUGAAGCGAAAUCGUCCCCAUUCGUUGAGAGAUUGACUAAAAAGGGAUAUGAGAUAAUCUAUAUGGUUGAUCCUGUGGACGAGUAUAUGCUCCAAUCUCUAACAGAGUAUGAUAAAAAGAAAUUAAGAAAUGUCGCAAAGGGGCGAUUGAGCUCGACAAAUCGGAUGGAGCAAAGACUCGUAAAGAGGCACUUCAGAAAGAAUUCGAACCUCUCUUGGAGUGGUUUAAGGAGAAUUUGA